CUCCAGACCAAGCACCAAAACACAAUGAUUCAAUUAAAGACACUAUUAAGUUGCAUCGACAACUCCGGCGCCUCGAUAGUCGAGUGCGUGAACGUCUUGAAGAAGAAGCGGCCCGCGACAAUCGGUGACCGGAUAGUCGUCGUCGUCCAGAAGCAGCGAUCUGCAGGCUCCGAAGCCACCACCGCCGCUGCGCUCGCCAGUAAGGUCCGCCGUGGUGAUAUUCGUCAUGCCGUUGUUGUUCGUGUGAAGAAGGAGUUGCAACGGCCUGAUGGGUCUCUUGUCCGGUUCGGUGAUAAUGCUUGUGUAUUGGUCAACAAGUCCGGAGAUCCCAUCGGGACAAGAAUGAACGGUGUGGUGGGACAAGAGCUACGAAACAAGAAGUGGUCGAAGAUCUUGUCAUUGGCGCCGAUCCAUGUUUAAUAUUUCAAGUUUCUACAUUCGUUGGAGAGCG